CCUCAUUCUUGACUCGCCAUCCGGCAGUUUCGUGUCCGCGUGAUCACAAGCCACCUGAGCCUGUGGAUGGUAAACAUGAUCAAAGAUAUUCAAUGAAACAUGUGGCGACCAUCAUUCACGCGUCUUGGUUGCUCGAUUCGGAGUAUGAACACAGACUUGGCACGACACCUCCGCUCCAUCUCCAAAGUUUCAAACAUGUCAUACAACCACAAUCCCACUAGCAUGGACUCGGGCUCUUCCGAGACCGAUUGGAAUUCGAACUCUGAAUUCUUCAAAUUUACGCGUGGCCGCUUCAUCGUGGAUGGGACAGAGAAUCUCCGGGUUCGAGAGGUCAGAUUCGAUCUCAACAGGCUCGCAAGAGUCGCCGCAGACUCAGUCGGAGCCGCUCGAUGCAUUGCUAUCAAGAAGUAUUCCGAUGGCAUGUUCAAUAAAGCCUUCCUGAUGUCUAUGGAUGAUGGACAAGAAGUAGUAGCAAAGGUGCCAAACCCGAACGCCGGUGUCCCGCACUAUACCACUGCCAGCGAAGUGGCCACCAUGGACUUUGCCAGAAGAAUUCUCGACACACCAGUGCCUCGCGUAUACGCGUGGAACUCGCAAGCAAAAUCGCAUCCCGUUGGAGCUGAAUUUAUCAUCAUGGAUAAAGUCGCAGGUGUUCCGCUGGCCCAAGUAUGGAGUACGAUGGAACUGACCCAGAAGCUCCAACUUCUCCUUGCUAUGACACGUCUCCACAAGAAAUGGCUGGGCGUUUCUUUCUCCCAUUACGGUAGCUUGUAUUACACGGGGGAUGCGCAGCCACCAGCAGGUAAUCACUAUAUCAAGGAUGGCAACGCCGUCUGUGAUUCAGAGUUCGUGAUUGGUCCAGCUACAGGCCGGGACUGGUGUGACGCAGGCCGAUCGACUCUGGACGUCGAUAAGGGACCAUGGGCUUCUUUAACGCAGUAUCUACAGGCAAUCCGCAUGCGAGAGAUGAAGGCUAUUCAGUGCUUAAAGCCCCCCAAACAGAUCGCCUUGUUCUGUGGCCCAAAGCUCUACCAACCAGAUACGGAAAAGAAAAGUACUGCUUUAGCUUGCUAUCGACAAAUCGUCGAUUCCCUUGGUCCUCAAGAUACAGCCAUCACCAGACCCCGCCUUUGGCAUGAUGAUUUGCAUGAAGAAAACGUCUACGUGGACCCGCAAAAUCCCGGGACAAUUACGGGUAUCAUCGACUGGCAGUCAUGUCAUAUCUCACCCCUUUUUAAUCACAAUCCCGAUCCUGGUUUCCUUGAUUUGGCUGGUAUUGGACCAGAAACACUUGAUUUUGAACCUCGGCCUACUCUCUCCGGGCUUUCGCCAGAGGCACGCUCCGCGGUCCGAGAUGAAUAUGCAACCAGAAACGUGUUUAUUGGUUGGCGGAAACUCAUGCAUGCUAAAAACCCAGAUUUGUAUCGAGCAGUGAAGUUCCGAAAGACAACAGCGUGGGGGCUAAUAUUUCUUGCCCACCGAAUGUUUGAAUACGGCGAGGCACUCUUCCAUGCGCUUUUGGUCGAGCUAAAGGACACGUGGGCAGAAUUACCUGCCGUCACGAGCGAUAUCCCAUUCCCAUUUAACUUUUCGGACGCAGACUACGAGCGUAUUCAAGUGGACAGUGAUGGCGCAGUGGCAGGAACCGAGCUUGUUAAACAGGUCAAGGAGCAACUGGGCGAUCUGUGGCCUGAAAAGGGCCUCAUCCAACACGAGCUGUACGAUGAAUGCAAAGCUGCUCUCGACGAAGUAAAGAGCCUGAUGUUGGAACAACUAUUUGAAACUGACGAGGAAAGGGCUGAAUUCGAGCGUUGGUGGCCAUUUGAUUGAUCGAUAUUACGUCAGAGACAGGAAGAGCUUCUUCAACGAUUGACUAUGUGCGAUUGCAAGAGCCACGGGCGAAAGACCCUCAGUAAGGCCAUAGCUCUACUUGAAAUCCAACAUUGAUUUAUGAGAAAGUCCAUUUGACCCGUUUUGGCAG